UUGGUCUGUGGAUGUUGUUGAGGCGGCUCGGGGCUGAACUGCAGUCAUGGGCUGUCGCUGGACGCUUCUGCUCGGAGGAUCUUAUGAACCUCCGAUUAUUUAUGAUGUUUCACCGUCACGAAUGGAGAAACUUCCCCGGAAUGAAGGCUUGUUUUUGGUCAACUUUGGCUGUUUCUGAUUCGCGCCUCCCUUCAUCAGCACUUUCAACAGUUCACUUCACAUGCUAACCGAAGCUAACUCAAAUCAGCGCCAGAUUCCCCGGACUCUGCAAGAGAUCAGUGACAUUAUUUAUUUGAUUACGUUUCACUUUUAUAUUUUACUUCAUCUUAUCGACACGCGUGAAUAUAUGAAGUUUUUAUAUCCCGACAUCAGAGAGUUUAAUAUGAAUUCCUCCGUGGAUUUAUCGCUGAAGAAAGCGCUGAGAACUCCUCCGACACGACGCAGUGCUGAGGACCUAAACACCAUCUACACUCAUCUGUUUCACAUGGAUGUGCUGUGUCACCUCAGAGAACAUCAGCUCAGGUCCAUGUGCAUGACAGCCAGGUACGAGCGCUAUGAGGCUAACCAUGUUCUCUUCUAUGCUGACAGCAUCUCCACGUGCUGGUUCGUCCUGCUCUCGGGCUCAGUGCUGGUCAAGGAGCACAUGUAUCUGGCGCGAUGCUGUUUCGGGACGCAGCGUGGAGGAAGACGAGGCUGUGAAUGCAUCACUUUAGAGCCGUCUGAGAUGAUUGUGGUGGAGAACGCCAGCGAGAGCGACGAUGCAGCUCUGCAGGGAAACUCGCGCCGCCGCUUCCAUAAGGUGAACGCCGGAGGAGAGCGGCAGCUGAUCGAAGACGCCACGCUUCCUGGUGACCUCAGCAAGAUGCACCUGACAGACCACGCCCACCAGCAGAUGCACAUGCCUCCCAGCCAAUCAGGAUGCAGCAUCGCCAGUGACUCAGGGAGCAGCAGCCUAUCAGACAUCUACCAGGCCACCGAGAGCGAGAUGGGAGACGUGGAUCUGUCCGGCCUCCCCGAAGCUCCUGUGGACUCUGAGGAAGAGGAGGAGGAUGAAGAUAUCGAGCGCUCCUCGGAGGCUCUUCUGGGCAGAGAUCUGGUGCGAGAGUGUCUAGAGAAGGAUGCGGUGGAUCGGACCGAUGACGACAUCGAGCAGCUCCUGGAGUUCAUGCAUCAGCUGCCGGCUUUCGCUAACAUGACCAUGUCCGUGAGGAGGGAGCUGUGUCGGGUCAUGAUGUUCGAGGUGGUGGAACAGGAAGGCACCAUCAUUCUUCAGGACAAGCAGGAGCUGGACCUGUGGUACGUGAUCCUGAAUGGUUCUGUAGAGAUCAGCUAUGGAGACGGCCGAACGGAGAUCCUGUGCAUGGGCAACAGCUUCGGAAUCUCACCAUCUCUAGACAGACAGUUCAUGAACGGGGUCGUGUGCACUAAAGGAGAUGACUGCCAGUUUGUGUGCAUCGCACAAGAGGACUACUGCCGCAUCCUCAACCAUGUGGAGAAGAACACACACAAGGUGGAGGAGGAGGGCGAGAUCGUCAUGGUGAAGGAGCACCGAGAGCUGGACCGCAGCGGCACCAGGAAGGGCCACAUUGUCAUUAAGGGCACUCCUGAGCGUCUGAUCAUGCACCUGGUGGAGGAGCCGUCAGUGGUGGAUCCCACUUACAUUGAGGACUUCCUCCUGACGUACCGCACCUUCCUGUCCAGCCCCAUGGAAGUGGGCAAGAAACUUCUGGAAUGGUUCAAAGUGGACAGUCUCAGAGACACGGUGACGAGAAUCGUGUUGUUGUGGGUAAACAAUCAUUUCAACGACUUUGAAGGCGAUCCGGUCAUGACUCAGUUCCUGGAGGACUUUGAGAAGUUACUGGACUCCUCGAAAAUGAAGGGUCAUCUGCGUCUGCUGAACAUCGCGUGUGCUGCUAAAGCCAAGUGUCGUCAGAUCACGCUGCAGAAGCCAUCCAGAGAGUCUCCGCUGUUCUUCACGGUUCAGGGCGGCAGUGAGCGGUGCUUCGGCAUCUUCGUGGAGACUGUGGAGGAGGCCAGUAAAGCUGCAGAAGCAGGGCUCAAGCGUGGAGAUCAGAUCAUGGAGAUCAAUGGGCAGAACUUUGAGAACAUCUCGUACUCCAAAGCCAUGGAUAUCUUGAAGAACAACACACACCUCUCUCUUACUGUGAAGACCAACAUCUUCGGUAUGUCACAGAUCAUUCUUAUAUUGAUCAUUUUACAUCACGUGUCUUCUGUUUUUAUGGCUGCUUCACUGCACAGGGGACUGUUUGGUGACGGUGGCAUGUCUCAGUCUCAGGACGACAGUAUCGUGGGCACUAAGCAGUGCCGGCACAGUGUGGCCAUAAUGCCCAUCCCGGGCAGCCUGUCAUCCAGCAGUCCUGACCUGCUUCAGCCCGCCGCCAGCGCUCUGGACUUUUCCAACCCUUCAGUGACUGGUUUCUACUACAUUCCAGAUCAGGUGAUCCGCGUGUUCAAGGCCGACCAGCAGAGCUGCUAUAUCAUCAUCAGUAAAGACACCACAGCCAAAGAUGUCGUUUCGCAUGUGGUCAGCGAGUUCGGCCUCAUCGCCGCUCCAGAGACCUACUCGCUGUGUGAGGUUUCCGUUAGUCCUGAAGGAGUCCUCAAACAGCGCCGACUGCCCGACCAGCUCUCAAAACUAGCGGACCGCAUCCAGCUCAACGGCAGGUACUACCUGAAGAACAACAUGGAGACAGAGACGCUUUGCUCUGAUGAAGACGCUCAGGAGCUCUUGAGGGAGAGUCAGAUCAGUCUCCUGCAGCUUAGCACAGUGGAGGUGGCUGCGCAGCUCUCCAUGAGGGACUUUGACCUGUUCCGUAACAUCGAGUCCACUGAGUAUGUGGAUGACCUGUUUAAGCGGGACCCCGGCGGUGGAGGCAACAGCCACCUGAAGCAGUUCGAGGAGGUCAUCAACCAGGAGACCUUCUGGGUGGCCACUGAGAUUUUGCGUGAGCCCAAUGCACUCAAACGCAUGAAGACCAUCAAGCACUUUAUCAAGAUCGCCCUGCACUGCCGCGAGUGCAAGAACUUCAACUCCAUGUUUGCCAUCAUUAGUGGUCUUAAUCUGGCGCCAGUAGCUCGAUUGAGGAGCACGUGGGAGAAACUACCCAGUAAGUAUGAGAAACUCUUCCGUGACCUUCAGGACAUCUUCGACCCGUCUCGCAACAUGGCCAAAUACCGCAACAUACUGAGCAGCCAGAGCGUACAGCCUCCCAUCAUCCCGCUGUUUCCCGUGGUCAAGAAAGACCUCACCUUCCUGCACGAAGGUAACGAUUCAAGUGUUGACGGCCUGGUGAAUUUCGAAAAGUUACGAAUGAUCGCCAAGGAGAUACGAAAUGUGGUGCGCAUGACGUCAGCCAACAUGGACCCAGCGCUCAUGUUCAGACAGAGGAAGAAGAGGUGGAAGAGUUUAGGGUCUCUGAGUCAGGGCAGCACCAACUCAAACCUGCUGGACGUUCAGGGCAGUCACAAGAAGCGCGUGCGGCGCAGCUCUCUGCUCAACGCCAAGAAGCUGUACGAGGACGCCCAGAUGGCCCGUAAGGUGAAGCAGUACCUGGCACACCUGGAGGUGGAGACGGACGAGGAGAAGUUCCAGAUCAUGUCGCUGCAGUGUGAAGCGGCCUACAGCACACUGUCUAAGAACCUAAACGAGCGGCGGUCCACUAAAUCAGACAUGUCCCCGGUGUCCGUGCGCUCCGGAGUGUCUUCAGCCAAGCCUCAGAACCGCGUCUCCCAGGUGCUGCAGGUGCCUCCCGUCAGCCUGUACCCUCUGCGCAAGAAGAGCAUCGCCAAAGACCUGUCCGCAUCCUUCGCUCCCAACUCACCUCAGAUGCUGAAGAAAGCAGCUGGUGCGGCCGAAGACACGGCCACCGUCUCGUCUCUGCACUCCAGUCCUACCGUCUCCCCACAGGGAUCUCCUCGCAAAGUGGGCGGCGCUCCCAGACAGAACUGCGGUCAGCUGAACCUGUCGGGUUCGUCCUCGUCUCUAGCCAGCGAGGUCGGCGUCAGGACGGCCGGAGGACGCUCGUAUGGCAUAGGUGGGGCUUUCCUUCAGAGACAGAUCCUGAGGAUGACCUGUCAGAGCGGCAGACAGGAAGAGAGCAGACAGGGACAGGAAGAGACGCGCAAGCGCUUCAGGUCCCCCUUCAGAUUCUUGAGAGACAGGAGCAAGUCCAGGGACAGAGCUGGGACAGUGAGACAGGAUGAGCUGCAGGAAAUUGAACAAAAUGAAGAUCUUUAG